AUGAUGCUAGAUUUAGCGAAUCAAGCACAAUCUAUUUUAACAUCUUUUGAUAAGCAAUCCGAGAAAACUAAAAGUGAGUAUCGGGUCCGCUUGAAUGCCUCAAUUGAUGUUGCAAGGUAUCUUUUGAAAGAAGGAAUACCUUUUCGGGGUCACGAUGAGCGUGAAACUUCUACAAGAAGAGACAACUUCUUAGAUCUCUUAAAGUGGUAUGCGGAUAAGAAGGAUGAUGUAAAGAAAGUUGUGCUAGAAAAUGCUCUAAAAAAUGACAUUAUGAUUUGUCCAAGCAUACAAAAAGACAUUGUGAGUUCUUGUGCAAAAGAAACAUUGAAAGCAAUUGUGGAAGACUUGAAUGGGGAUUACUUUGGGAUAUUGGUUAAUGAGUCUAAGGAUGUCUCUCAUAAGGAACAAAUGGCACUUGUUUUGCGUUAUGUCAACAAAGAGGGUAAAUUGACUCUUGUAGCUGUUGCAAAAAAACAUUAUGAGGCCGAACAAUUUUUUGAUAUUCUUGCAAAUGUUUUAAAUAUUGUUGGGGGUUCUUUUAAGCAUAGGGAGAUGCUUCGAGAUGAUCAAGCAGAAAAAUUAGAGGAACUACUAGUGCUUGGUGAAGUUUAUACGGGAAGCGGUUUAAAUCAAGAACUUGGACUUCAAAGGGCAGGUGAUACACGAUCAAGAUAUUUUAAGUGCAAUGAAGCUUGUUGGUUUCGCAAAGAGCAAUUGCAAGAUAUGAGAGAUUCUGGAUGGAAUUCUUUGUUAGAAGACGUCUCUUUAUUUUGUGUCAAGCAUGGUAUUGUGAUCCCCGAAAUGGAUAUGAAUUAUGCUCGUGGAAAGUCAAAGCGUAAGAAAUCAAGUGUUACAUAUUCUUAUCAUUUGCGUGUAGAGGUUUUCUAUGCUAUUAUUGAUUUGCAACUUUCGGAGCUUAACGGUCGUUUCAAUAAAGUGAAUACUGAUCUACUUCUUGGUAUGGCUAGUUUAAGUCCAGACAAUUCUUUUGUAAAUUAUGAUAAGGACUGGAUUAUGAAACUUGCUACACACUAUCUAAAUGAGUUUACUGAUUCUAUGCUUGAGGAUCUUGGUUUUGAGCUUGACAUCUUUAUUGACUAUGUGCGAGAGACGGGCAAUGAAUUCUCUAACUUGAAAAGAUUUGGAGAUCUUUCAGAGACAUUGGUUAAAACAAAUUUUCACAAGACUUGGAGACUUGUUUAUUUGCUUGUGAAGUUAAGUUUGAUAUGCCUGUCGCUACUGCAAUGGUAG